CUUCCAGUAGAUUUCUUGCCUCUUGGCCACUCACGGCUCGACAAGUGUCACAGGUGGCAGAGCGAAUAGCUGCGGGAAAGAAAUAGGCGUGGAAGCACUGUUCCCACCCCUGCUGCUCGCGACGUGCGCAUCGUCAGAGCGCUGUUAGAUCUUCCGUUGUGACGUCAGCGAUCCUCCAUGGACGUGCCACCUCCGUAGAGACGACCAGGUCCUCGUCAGCCGCACGAUCUGAGCGAUCUCCUUGCCAGCCAAUCUCGACCGUGCAUCCGUCGCGAUGAGAUCCAGCGCGCGAGAUCUGCUCCUGGCAGCGUGCCGAUCCCUCCUCCGGCCGCCAUCCCUCCUGCCCCCAUCCCUCCGCCCCCCAUCCCUCCCCCCGCCUUCCGCCCACCUCGCGCCGAUCCAUCCGCCUCGCCGCGCCUUCUCGUCCGCGUUCGGCGGCGCCUGCAUUGACGGCGGCUUUGACGGCGGCGGCGGCAGUUUCGGCGCAGUCUCGCCGGCGGCUAAGUCACUCGUCCUUCCCCCGAUCGCUGCCGCGCUCUGCUUGCAGCAGCAGGACCACGUAUUCGGGCUUCGGAAUGUUCGAGGUUGCCCGUCUCUGUCGGGUCACGAUCACCAAAACCAUCACCAGACCCAUCGCAUACAUCGUCGCCAUCGCCUUUUCCACAGCGCGCAAUGCUCGCCGCCCCUGAUCCCUCCUCCCGCCUCCCCGCUUUUCCCGCCGCAUCGCCCGGCGACCAUGGCGACGCAGGCGCCGCGAGGCCCCGUGCAGACGCAGCCGCCUAGAGGGCCCGUGCACAUGCAGCAGCAGGCGCGUCUGCGCGUGUACCUGCAGAGCCCGGGGGUGAUCGGCGACCCCUAUCGCCCUCCUCCCCCGAUGCCCUUCCUCACCAGCUGGUUCACGAGUGCGGGGUGGAAACGACGCUGGGUCAAGUGGAGCGAUGCGCUCAAGACAGGGUACACCAUCGCCAUGCUGAGGCGCCACAACAGGGGGUACUCCAGACAUGCGCUCUACAGGGAGCUAGCAGGCACCUACAAGCAGAUCAAUCGCGCCAUUGCAUCGGAUGAUCGCACGGCACUGAGGCACCUGGUGACAGAGAAUGCGUUCUCGUCGCUAAAGAGCUCCCUCAAGCACCGAGCCGAGAUGGGCAUAGCUCGGGUGGAGUGGCACCUGGUCGGAUCCUCAGAUGGUGCCACUGUUGGCAGCAGCAGCAGCAGGACCAGCAGUGGUAACAGCAGCGGUAGCAGCAAGGCGGUUGUUGCAUCCAGCAACAAGCCUCCCCUUUCCUUCAAGACCUUGCAAGCACGCUUGAUUUCACUCGAGAAGAGCAAACCAGAGAAUGGUUUCGUUCAGCUCACCCUUGAGAUCAAGAGCAAGCAGCGCAUUGCGGCAUAUGACAAGAACAGGAAGCUGAUAAGUGGGGAUCCAAAUGCUGAGAUUUCUGUGAAGGACAUUUGGGUGUUUGAGCGGCAUAUGCUGCACCCGGAGCUUCCUUGGAGACUCUGUGGGCAGCUAGUAGCUCCUCCCCCACAAUCGGAUAAAGCUGGGAAGCAACUUCCACCUGCUGCUAGCAAGGGUGGACGAUAAUGAUGGAGACCGAUUGCUAAGACGUUUGUUGGUCUUGUAUGGUAGCCUGCUAGUGGAUGGCCAUUGUUGAUCGUUUGGGUUAGGUGACAUCACAUGUGGAGAUGGUGGUUUUGUAGAUUUUUUCACUUCCAUUGUCAGCUGACAACCUGUGUACCAUCUCACUUGGAGAGUUAGGCCAUAGGUGU